AUGGAGGACGGCGAAAAAGUCUCCAUCUCUCAUAAUGAGAUGCCGUCACCGCUCGUGGAGGAAGAGCCGGCUGGUGACUACGAGGUGCGAUGGAAGACGCUCAUGGCUGUGUUCGCUCUAUCAAUGGCGAACUGUUGCGCUGCCAUAGCCAAUACGACCAACACCAUUAUUCACUUCCAAGUCAUGGAUUUAGGAGGCGCCACCAAGCAAGCAUGGAUUUCGAAUGCUAAUCUUUUGGUGACCCUGGCCUUCGGACCGGUCUUGGGCUCCUUGAGCGAUCGGUUCGGCAAGAAAUGGUUCAUCGUUGUAGCAAGCAUCAUCGGGAUCGUCGGCUCCGUGGUAUCUGGCUCGGCUAAGUCAAUCACAACCAUUAUCAUUGGCAACAUUUUGACUGGCCUCGCCAAUGCGGGAUGUAUCAUGGGUGUACCUGCGGGCCAAGAAGUGACACCCAACAAGCUCCGUCCUUGGACAAUGGGCUUCUCCCAGACUCUGGCUAGCUGUGCUGUCAUCGCCGGUACCCUCGGUGCAGGUGCUUUUGUAAAGUACCAGACCUGGCGUUGGUCUUACUACCUCAACGCCUUCGUCUACGGCACCACAACCGUACUGGUAACCUGCUUUUACCAUCCUCCGCCCACUACCCUACGCCGACAACAAUCCCGCCUAGACGCCCUGUUCGCACAAGUUGAUUACUUCGGAAUAAUGCUGUUCGUGGGGUCCAUCGCUUCUAUAAUGAUCGGCUUGACCUGGGGAGGAAACACAUACCCAUGGAGUUCCAGCCAGGUCCUCGCAUCCUUAAUCGUCGGCUGCGUCGGUCUUCUUGCUUUUGGACUUUACGAAAGGCUCUUCACGCGCCAGGGUAUCUUCCAUCACGACAUGUUCGUCUCUCGCAACUUCCCGAUCCUGUUGUUUGUCUGCGUUGUUGAUGGCAUGCUUCUACUGGGUGUCAAUGUUCUCUUUGCGCAACAGAUUGCCUCAAUGUUCACCACAGAUGCCGUCAAGAUAGGCACUAUCCUCACUCCGUACCUGGCGACUUCAGCUUUUGGAUGUUUGCCUGCAGCUUCACUGAUCUGGUGCAGCCUGUUUGUUGGCCUUAUGGCACUGCUUAACCCUAGCAGACUAUCCUGGGCAUACGCGUUCUCCGCAUUGUUCGGGUGCGGAACUGCCGUAACCACAGUCAUUCCAGUCGUUGCACUGUCUCUUUCCGUUCCCUCCUACUUGCUCGGUACCGCAGGAACCCUCAGCGUGUCCGGUCGUGCUCUCGGUGGAGCCGUCGGCAUUACCAUCUUCACAUCCAUCUAUCACAACAAGAUGGGCACCGCCCUACCAAAAGCCGUUGGCUCUGUUCUUGCAGCCGCGGGCCACUCACGCCUACUUCCAGACGUGCUGGGCGCCAUCAACAGCCAGAACCCGACGGCCUUGUCACACGUUUCUGGUUUGCCAGCGUCACUGAUCCCCGAUGUCCUCGCCGCCUACGAUCAUGCCAAUACGUACUCGUGGAAAUUUGUAUGGAUUGCUAUCUCCGUUGUCGUGGCUGCAAACGCAGUAGCCGCGUGCUUCCUCAAGUCAGUUGCUAGUCAGAUGAACAGCCAUGUUGAGUCUGCUCUGGAGGAUUCGGAUGUUCGCCGGAAGCAGCUGCGCGAUAUUUAA